UUUAAAUAAAUUUUAUCUUUGAUUAUAUAUUGCGGCAAAAGUAUUACACGAAAUGUUUUUUAAUGUAAUUUCAUGUAGAUUGUCAAUCUUCUAUAUAUUUAUUUAAUAUUAUAAUAUUAAAUUAUUGUAAUCAUUUGAAUGAUAAUAUUUAAUUUUGUUUUUUUUUGUGUUAUAUUCUAACCUAUCGUUGACAUAUCGUUGAUCAUAACCAGUUAAUUGUGUGAACUGAUUUUAUUGAAAACAUGAAUCGUAUAUUUAAGCUUGAACAAAUCAAUAUAAUAAUCACUAUUCUUAAUAAAAAUCGCAUGUUUAAUUCUAUAAAAUAAUAUAAACUUUUAUAGAAUGUAUUCAAAUAAAAUUUAAUAAAUUAAAAGAUAUGUGACAUAAUAACAAGCAAUUGUAUCAGAUAGCUAAACAAAAUGAUGAAGAUUUAUAAAAAACUUGCUAUCAUUUCUUUAAUAGGUUUAGUGUUAACAAUUAUUGGAUUAAUUACAGGAAUUCUUUGGUCUACAAUUUAUUCUUCAAUUAUACAUACGCAAUUAUCUUUAACACCUACAUCUACAAGUUACAAACUUUGGGAAGUAACACCUAUUCCUAUGUAUCUGAAGUUAUACAUGUUUAAUUUAACAAACUAUGAAGAUUUUACUUCAAUUAAUGGAUCAAAACCAAAUUUUGUAGAAAUGGGUCCUUAUGUAUUUAGAGAAGUUGAUUAUAAAGUAGAACAAAAAUGGCAUGAAAAUGAUACUAUAACUUAUCAAAGAAAAAGAGUAUGGUAUUUUGAAAAAUCUUUAUCAGCAGGAAGUUUACAAGAUAAUGUAACUAAUAUAAAUCCUAUAACUGCUAGUGUUGCAUAUGCAUUAAGAUAUCAAAAACCUUUUCUUCGUGAUAUAGUAGAUAAAAUAAUGAAAGCAAUAGAUCAAAAGUUAAUAAUUACCAAAACUGUUAAUGAAUUACUUUUUGAAGGUUAUGAUGAUGCUAUGUUGAAAAUUGCUCGAAAAAUGAAUUUUACUAAAAUUCCUUUUUCUAAAUUUGCUUGGUUUUAUGGAAGAAAUGGUUCUGCAACUUAUGAUGGAACAUUUAACAUGUUAACUGGUAAAUCUAAUUUACUUAAUGUAGGAAUAGUCAAAGAAUGGAAUUUUAAUACUAGAGUAAAUUAUUAUCCUGGAGAAUGUGGAAAAGUUAAAGGUACAAAUGGUGAUUUAUGGCCACCAUUACCUGAUAAUAAAACUAUUUCUUUCUUUGUACCUGAUAUUUGCACGAGUAUGUCAGUAACAUAUGAUAAUACAACUAUUCAUGAGGGAUUAAGAGGCUCUAGAUAUAUUAGCGAUUAUACGAUACUUGAUAAUGGUACAAAAGUAUCAUCGCGUAAAUGUUAUUGUGCAGGAGAGUGCAUUCCUUCUGGAGCAUUAAAUAUUUCAUUAUGCAAAUGGGGUGCUCCAGCAUUCAUCAGUUUACCACAUUUUUAUUUAGCAGAUCAAAGUUAUAGAGAAAAUAUCAAAGGAAUGGAACCUAAUAAAGAAAGACAUGAGCUUUCAAUAUCCAUAGAACCGAAAACGGGUGUUCCACUAAGUGUAAAUGCAGCAUUACAAUUAAAUUUAUUGAUACAAAAUGACGCUCAUAUGAGCAUGUUUAAAAAUGUUAAAAAAACAUUUGUACCAAUGUUAUGGUUUACUCAAGAAGCUUAUUUAACUGCUAAUUACGCUCGUAUUAUAAAAUUUAUUAUUAUUCUGGAAUCUUUAGGUAGCAUAACUUGUUAUGGUAUUGCCUGUAUUGGCAUUUUAUUUAUUUCUAUCGGCAUUUUCUUAUAUAUUAGACAUAAUUUUAGAGGAGAAGAAAAUCAAAAUUUAUUGUCAAAAAGAUUUACCAACAAUGAUGAUAUUACUAGUAUUAAUGGAUGAUUAGUAUAUGAAUAUUAGAUUAUAUAAAAAGAUAUUGUAAUCAUUGUGACCAAAAG